GGAUAAAAGUUAACGUCUCUGACCGGGGACGUUAAGACGGGUUAGCAGCGAGUGAGCUGUUAGCCUUUUUAUUUUUAUUAGCUUCGGGGUGUUUCUGAGGUAGAGUCAUGCCCGGUCAGGUGGAUAUUCCGACGGUGUCGGAUUUGAGCGUCGAAGAGGUGAAUGUCUCGUCUGCCGUCCUGAAAGCUGCAGCACAUCACUACGGCUCGCAGUGCGACAAACCCAACAAGGAGUUCAUGCUGUGCAGGUGGGAGGAGAAGGACCCCAGGAAGUGUCUGGAAGAAGGGAGGAGAGUCAACGAGUGCGCACUUAAUUUCUUCAGGCAGAUCAAGGGGAACUGUUCCGAGUCGUUCACCGAGUACUGGACCUGUCUGGAUUACUCUGGUCUGGCUGAGCUCCGUCACUGCCGUAAGCAGCAGAAGGUGUUUGACGAGUGUGUGUUGGAGAAGCUCGGCUGGGAGAGACCCGAACUGGGAGACCUGUCCAAGGUGACUAAGGUGGCGACCUCUCGGCCCCUUCCCGAGAACCCGUACCACUCUAGACCGAGACCCGAGCCCAACCCUGUGAUCGACGCCCCGCUCGAGCCCGCCAAGCACGGCAGCCGCCUGUUUUUCUGGAAUUGGUAAAGAGAGACUUUUCCUUAUUCCCCACCGAACCUGCUGACGCUCCUCUCAGACAUUUCCAGAACCUGACCGAUGGACAGUAGUGGAACCGGCGCUUCACUCACAGCACCGAUCUGCUAUCCUACAUAUAGAAAUGUAUUAAAUGAACACAGUUAAUUAUGUGUUGUGGAUUAAAUAAGUUUCAUUCA